CGAGAGCAGCCAAAGGCGGCCGCCCGCGGAGCGGGAGCGGCCAUGGUGCUGUACGAGCUGUUCGCCCACCCGGUGGAGCGCGGCUACCGCGCCGGGCUGGGCUCCAAGGCGGCGCUGUUCCUGCUGCUGGCCGCCGCCCUCACCUACCUGCCGCCGCUGCUCCUCGCCUUCCGCACUCACGGGUUUUGGCUGAAGCGGAGUAGCUACGAGGAGCAGCCAACAGUCCGGUUUCAACACCAGGUGCUUUUUGUGGCCCUGCUGGGCCCGGCUCCCGGCGGCUUUCUGGCCUGGAGCACCUUUCCCACUUUUAACCGGUUGCAGGGGGCGAGCCUGCGGGUCCCACUGGUGUCGACCAGAGAAGAAGACAAGAACCAGGACGGGAAGAUGGACUUACUCCACUUUAAAAUGGAGCUUCCACUGCAGGCUUCCGAGCAGGUCCUCGGGGUUCAGCUCAUUCUGACAUUCUCCUACCAACUGCACAGGAUGUCGACAUUUGUGAUGCAGAGCAUGGCUUUUCUGCAGUCCUUCUUCCCUGUCCCGGGGGCUCAACUCUAUGUGAAUGGAGACUUGAAGCUGCAGCAGAAGCAGCCCUUGAGCCAUCGUGGGCUAGAUGUCAGAUACAAUGUUCCUGUGAUCAAUGGGACAAGCCCUUUUGCAAGGGACUUUGACCUCACAAAUAUUGCUGCUGCUUACCAGGAGAGGAAUGUGACAACCAUCCUGUCCGAUCCCAACCCUAUCUGGCUGGUCGGAAGGGCCGCGGACGCACCAUUUGUGAUUAAUGCCAUCAUCCGAUACCCCGUGGAAGUGAUUUCCUAUCAGCCAGGCUUCUGGGAGAUGAUUAAGUUUGCCUGGAUCCAGUACAUCAGUAUUCUGCUUGUCUUCCUCUGGGUGUUCGAAAGAAUCAAAAUCUUUGUGUUCCAGAAUCAGGUGGUGACAACAGUACCCGUAGCACCGACGUCCCCGGUGGCGUCCUACAAAGAGCAUCUGUCCUAAGAGACAGGAUUCUGGCCCUGAAUGGGACUCCACAGGGGCCCAUCUACCUCAUGUUUAUUUUCCAAGAAUCUUCAUCCCGUUCCCAUCUACAAAGGCGGUUUCUGCGGGCCUGUGGGCUACUUUGUGUUUUUGACGCUGAUGGUGACGUCGAAACUGAUUUUUACCAUGCCGGGCAAAUGCGGUGUUUUCUGGUCUCCAAGACAACCAGAUAACUGGUCCCUAGGAUCUCUGCCACUGUUUUGCAACGGUAAAAUGCGCAGAAAGAAACUCAUAGAGAUAAUUCCGUCGUUUCAGAUCUCGGAAACAAUCGAGCCUUCAGCUAAGGAAGGCGUUUCCUUUUUGAAUCUGGAGAACACAAGCUAUGCAUUUUCCCUUCAAAACCCUUUAUUUGCUCAUGUUACCUCUGAAGAGUUCUCUUUUGAUAGGUAUGUAAAUCACUGGUACUCUGCAUUCACUGUAGGUAGAGAUCACCACCCCUGACUGUAUGUUCCAGAGUUAGGAGGCCCUUAACUGGGAACGGAUAUUUAUUUCGGUGGGAACUGGGAACAAUCACCACAUCCAGUUCAGUAGGCAGUUAGAAAUGAUUGAUCUAGUUGACUAGACUUUUAUUCAAGGAAUCUUGCUGCCUCAUGUCCUUCAGUUUAUUGUUGCCUCAAAUUAGUUGCUGAAGAUAAAAGGGUCCUUUUAUUUACAGUAGUCGGCUACUGCUGAAGAAAAUUGGGAUUGCAACAACUUCUCGUACUCCUGCUCAUUACCAGUAAGAGUUGGUUCUUACUGGUUGUAACUCUUACUUGGCCACGUGAGAUUAAUAUCUAGAGAUGAAUUCUUGUCCAGAGCCAUCCUGAGCUAAAUCUCUGUGCUCUUUGAAGGACAAAGACAUUUGCUCUGUGACCUUGAAUAAAUCUUCAGGAGUGGGAGGACUUCCCCUUCCGCCACUUGCACUCUUUGGUCAAAUCUGCGGGGUUAUUUUUUAAGAAGGUUUUUUUUUCAGCGGGUAGUGGAAAUAUCCAUAUUUACAAGAAUCCGCACAGGCCAAAACAAGCUUCCAUCACCAAAGAACAAAUUGAAAGGAUUGGCCCAUGUGGAAAAAUCGAUGGGUUGGGAUCCAUCCUCCCUCCAAGCUGCUCCAGGAACUCUAAUAAAAUAGUACUCAAAGCUAACUUUUCUACCCCUGAUGACUUCUAGCCGUGACUCCAAACCCUACUGAUACCCUGGUACGCUCUGAGAAAACAAAGUCGUGUUAUGGAGAGAACGGUUUUAUUCAGAGCAUAUUAUCAGCAUCAGCGUAUCCUUUUCUAAAUCUGGUUGGUGGGGGGGGAGGAAGGGGGUGGCGGAGUGGAGGAAAUCCCUGAAUGAACCCACCAAGGAAAAGUCAUCGAGUCUAAGGUUAAAUAAAUCUCAGUUCUCUUCCUGCUUGUUCUUAGCAGGUGAAGGACCACAAAUAACUCCAGAUAAAGUGCACUUAGUAUAUUAGCGGAUGAGGAAUAAGAUCAAAUAUGGAUCCUAAGGCAGCAUUGUAAAUCUGACCCAUUCAGAAGCCAUCCCCAAAGAAGCCAUCUUACAGAAAACAAAAUCCUUAUCGUUUAUUACCUCACACGGAGUUCAGCCGAUCUAAAAAUUAUGACUAAAAAGGAACUACUGUAAUUGCAAAACCGCCCCCCCCCCCCGCCUUGAAUUUGUUUGAAAAUAACCUUGUAUCAUUAUUGAAAAACACGUGAGUUUGGACUUGCUUUUUCAAAUGAGUGCUGGGGAGAGCCCCAAGCACACAAGAAUUCUUGGUUUGCUCUUUCCUCAGAAGGGGUUUUUCUUGGAUAUGCACCACUUUAACUGAAACACUAAUUCUUCGAGUAAUUCAAAAGCAAAACCUUUCAGAUACCUGGCCAGCCAAGAUGGAAGUUUGGAGACAAAGGCAUUUUAAAUUAUUUUCACAUAAGAAAUGCCCAAACUACUUUAACAACUGAAAAAAAUCACCAGCUUUUUCUUCCUCAAACAAAAUUUAACUUAAAAACGGAAGAAUGGGUUUUCAUCAAAUUUAACAAUUCUGGCUUGAAACCUAAUCACAUAGGAAGUGUCGAGAUGAAAUAUGAGUGUACAUGUAAAAUGUCUUAAAUACUUGUAGAGUCAAUGCAAACCUCGUAUGGUUUAUAAAGGACUAUGUAAACAUCCUUCAGGUUUUUUUAUCUUUAUAAUUAAAAUAUUCAAAAUAUAAUUACA